AUCAUUCUCUAUGGUGACAGCCCAAACAAUCGAUCACCGAGCAUAUAAUCAAGAUGGCAGGUCUGUCUUUAUAUUUUGAAGAUGGCCAAGAUGAUUUGGAUGACUUUGGGUUUGAUGACUACGGAUCAGAGUGCGACGGGAUUCGGAUCACAGCUUUUCUGGAUGCAGGGCAGGACAAUCUCACCCCCUUGGGGAGACUAGAGAAAUACGCUUUCAGCGAAAAUGUCUUCAACAGGCAGAUCGUGGCACGUGGGUUGCUUGAUGUGCUUCGAGAGUUCAGUGACAAUGAGAAUGACUUUAUCAGUGUCAUGGAGACAGUUGCCCGAAUGUCUGAAGAUGGAGAGCCCACAGUGCGCGCUGAGCUGAUGGAGCAGGUGCCCAACAUCGCAAUGUUCCUACACGAGAGCCAGCCCAACUUCCCAGCAGCCUUCUCCAGAUAUCUGGUGCCCAUCGUGGUUCAUUAUCUCACAGACCCCAAUAACCAGGUGAGGAAGACCAGUCAGGCGGCCCUGUUGGUGCUGUUAGAGCAGGGCCUCAUCUGCAAAGGCGACAUGGAGACCAAGGUGUGUCCUGUUCUACUGGACCUCACCGAGCCCAGCAGCGACGACGACUACAAGAUAGAGGCCGUCGCGAUCAUGUGUAAGCUGGUAACCAUGCUGAGCAAAGAGACCGUGGAGAAGCUGUUGCAGCGUUUCUGUGAGCUGUGCAGCGACGCCAGGCUCUUCCAAGUCCGCAAGGUGUGUGCAGCCAAUUUCGGAGAGUUCUGUUCCAUUGUGGGCCGGGAUGCCACAGAGAAACUACUGAUGUCCAAGUUCUUUGACCUGUGCUCUGACAGCCUGUGGGGCAUCCGGAAGGCGUGCGCUGACUGCUUCAUGAUCGUCUCCAACUCCACCUCCCCUGAGGUGCGACGCACUAAACUGUCCCCCCUUUUCAGUAGCCUCAUCAGUGACCAGUCUCGCUGGGUGCGCCAGGCUGCCUUCCAGUCUUUGGGACGCUUCAUCUCCACCUUUGCCAACCCCUCCAGCACGGGCCUCUACUUCAAAGAGGACGGCACGCUGCUGGAGGUCCCCACGUGUCCCUCUGACAGCAAUUCCCCCCUCUGCAUAGAGUCCUCCAACGGCCCCACAGUGAGACCCUCACACACACCCAUUAACCAAGAUGGCCGCUCCACCCCAUCCCUAGAAUCCAUGUCCAGGGGGAACAGCGGCAGCGACUCCACACACACUCCUCCCCAAAACCAACACGAAGGCCAGGCGCGCAACAACAACAACCUUCCUCCCACAAAUAAUAAAAAGGAGACGGAACAAACAGACCAGAAUUUUAACUCUUUCCUCUACUGGAGGCCUCCGUUAGUGGAUAUCAGCCAGGAGCUGGAGAUGCUGAAGGGAGAAAAGGAGGAGGAGGUGGUGGUGUCCAGUCUGGAUCCAGCCACCUGCUCUCAGAUCCAGAAGGUAUUGGACUGCCUCCAGCCCCACAUGGACGACCCUGAUGUACAAGCCCAAGUACAGGUGCUCUCAGCCGCCCUAAAGGCUGCCCAGCUGGAGAGCCAGUCUGAGGAGGAGGGUCAGUCAGAGAGCCAGUCUGAGGAGGAGGGCGAGUCAGAGAGCCAGACACCAGAGGGUGGAGAACCAGAUGGGUCCUCCCAGAACAGAGUGACCACAGAGGAGACACAGACACCUGAGCCACCAACCCAGCAGGCCAAGGACCCAGCACCCACAGAGGAACAGAAAGAGAAAGAGGCAGAAGCUGAGACUGAGAAGGAGCCAGAGCCUUAUGAGUCCCCCCCCAACUCGCCUGUCCUAGUACGGGAGGACUCGGACCACAGCAGCGUGGAGCCGGAGCUGAUGGAGAGCCUGGAGGGGAAAGAGGACUCCGCUUUCAACCAGGUGUGUGAGGAGAAGUCCAAGGUCCAGAAUGUGAUUCCCCAGCAGCUGCUGGACCAGUAUCUUUCCAUGACGGACCCGGCGCAGGCCCAGACGGUGGACACUGAGAUCGCCAAGCACUGUGCGUUCAGCCUACCUGGCGUGGCCCUCACCCUGGGCCGACAGAACUGGCACUGCCUAAAGGACACGUACGAGACCCUCGCCACCGACGUACAGUGGAAAGUGCGCCGGACGCUGGCGUUCUCCAUCCACGAUCUGGCCCUGAUCCUGGGGGACCAGCUGACGGCGGCCGACCUGGUGCCCAUCUUCAACGGCUUCCUUAAGGACCUGGACGAGGUGCGCAUCGGCGUGCUCAAACACCUCUAUGACUUCCUCAAGCUGCUCCAUGCAGAGAACCGGAGAGAGUACCUGUACCAGCUUCAGGAGUUCAUGGUGACGGACAACAGCCGCAACUGGAGGUUCAGAUACCAGCUGGCCGAGCAGCUGAUCUUGAUCAUGGAGUUGUACAGCCACGAUGAUGUGUAUAACUACCUCAGACAAAUAGCACUGACCCUCUGCUCAGACAAAGUGUCAGAGGUCCGGUGGAUCUCUUACCAGCUGGUGGUGGAGAUCUUACAGAAGAUGUAUGCGUGUGGAGCCCACGAGCUGGGCCUGAACUUCAGCAAUGAGCUCAUCGUCCUCUUCUGCCACUGUCCAAAAUGGGUGGGCCGCCAGGCCUUUGCCUUCAUCUGCCAGGCCAUCGUGGAGGAGGACUGUAUGCCCAUGGACCAGUUUGCCCAGCACCUCCUCCCCAGUCUCCUCAGCCUGUCGUUGGACCCCGUGGCCAACGUCCGCGUGCUGGUGGCCAAAGCACUGCGGCAGAGUGUCAUGGAGAAAGCGUACUUCAAAGAGCCGGGCAGUGCCUACUUAGAAGAGCUGGAGGAGACUGUGAUGACCCUGCAGGCGGACAAGGACAGAGACGUACGCUUCUUUGCCAGCCUGGACCCCGACAUGGUGCUUAUGGACACUUCUGCUUUAAUCUAGAACCUUCCGGCCUGCUCCAACACACAGCCAAUAACUAUCACCAGCAUCAGACCUGACCAGAACACUCGCCUGCAGGAAAUAAAGGCACUGAUACAUAAACAUGCAUAGAAUCAGUCAUGUGCUCUUUCUCUGUCUCACACACACACACACACACACACACACACGAUCUGAAAACCGCACCUCGCUAAGCUAAAACAGCCACCGCAAAAUGGCAUCGGAUUCCAGGUGGAAAACAACCCACCAUAUGGCUUGGCUCGCGUCCCGUCGUCGAGUCACCUCAACCCAUCUGUAUCCAGCUGGUUCUCUCAGGUCCUCUGGUUUCAUCACGGUUUCUCUCUCUCUUUUCAUCUUGUCUUCAAUGACCUCCGUAACCACUACUGCUUAGGAGAAGGAACAACUGCACCACUUGGCACGAAACAAAAUAUGUUAAUGAACUCAUGGCAUCUUCCCUCUGUCUGUUUACUAUGUCAAUAAUGUGAUCCAAGUCUCCCAGAGACCAAUGAAAUACCUCUGAUUGGACAUAACUCAGGCCAGUUUCGCCACAGGGGCGUUUAGCUUAUAGAAUGAGUUGCAGCGCUUUAGAACGUCACAGAUAGAAAUGGAAUGUAUAGAUAGACGCACUAGAAUUGUGAUUCUUCUAUAUACAAUGCAUCUGUACAUUCUGUAACGCUGCUCUCCCCUGAAUAAACCUUGGGUGUCAGCGGGACCUCUGGUGACAGUCAAUUUUGCAUCCCAAAUGGCAGCCUAUUCCCUUUAUAGUGCACUACUUUUGAUCAGGGACCAUAGGGCUAUGGUCAAAAAAGUGCACUGUAUAGGGAACAGGGUGCCAUAUCGGAUGCAGCCCUUCAAUUGUGUUUUGGGGUUAUUUGGGGUGUUCACGACUCAAGGGCUUAUGAUAAAGUGACAGAGUUUGUUGUAAAACCUGUAGAAAGAAGCAGAAAAAGAGUGAUAGUUUGGUAAAGACCUGUGAAGCACUCCCCCCUUAUCCACCGUGUAGUCCGUCAUUGUAAAUAAGAAUUUGUUCUUAACUGACUUGCCUAGUUAAAUAAAGGUUAAAUUAAUUUUAAAAAUGUAAAUCCACUUCAACAUUGUGGAUUCUAAUCCCAUUUUGGCUUUUCAGUCAGACCACUGCACUGACCACAAUCAAUUGUACAGUAUAGGAAUGGUUGUGUGGCCUGGGUUCGUGUUCCAAAACGCUCUGACUAGUAAAUCUCAUUAGUAGUGAAAUAAGUAUGUUGGAGAAUAAAUAACUUCCAUUGUAUAGCUUAACCUGUAUAGCCAGGGGAUCCAAGGCCAGUUUUAGGGUUUUCUGUAGAGACAUGAAUGUGGAUAUAAUGAGAGCUGUCACUUUUGUAGUCUUUUUUCUCUCUUUUUUUUUCCUCACCUGUUCACAUGGGCAACCCAUUUUAGACCACCAUUGAGAUCCUAAACUGAUUGCGGUGGGGCGUGCAUCUCAAGUCUGUCUUCCAUCUUAUGGAAAUGUUCACUGCUGUAGACUACCUAACGCAUCACAUCUGUCAGCAAUUUUCCCCAUCUUGUUUUUCUUUAUGGUAGAACUGUUAAUAUAUAUGCAUUUUAUGAAAUGUAUUUUUUUUCUUUUCAAAGAUUUUAUAUCCGAACUUUGCAUUUCACAACCUUUGUAACAUUCAAUAAUUUCUUUAAAAUAUUUUUUAUGUAAUGUUAUUUUUAGUAUUCUGUAAUUAAAUUUAUAAUAUAAAUCAGAAAAAUCAAGACAUGUGUAGCCUGUCUCCAAACUACCUUGUAUAACCAACAAAUGAAUUGUGCAAAUGAGUGUCAUAUCAUUGUCACAAAGGUUCAAAACACCUGCAGCACAAAUGUUUGAUAAAUAUAAAACUCAGCUAGGUGAGUUUUCCAUGAAGAAGAAUUGUUGCUUCUUUAAAAGUAUUUUUUGCGAUACUUGAAGUUUGACACGUAAAGUGAAGCGGUGAAAUAUAAUCAGUAAAAUCUAUGUUCCGAUUACUACCGACAGACUACUACACUGAACAAAAAUAUAAACGCAACAUUUAAAGUGCUGGUCUCAUGAUUUAUGAGCUGAAAUAAAAGAUUCAAGAAAUGUGUCA